UUGCUUUGAAUCAACCUUUUUAUAUUACCUUGACUGAGAGACUGCACAGACAAACAUUUAAUUCACUUACCACUGGGAUGUUUUCAUGAUUCUUAAAAAGAACUGACAAGACAAAAGUGUAGCAGAUGCUGCACAGGAUGCUUUCUCCACCACUGCCAUGGAACUUUGAACCGCAUGGAAAGGCAAUACAGAGAGAGAAAGAGAGUUGCUGUCAGGGCACAAUUAUCUCACCUCACUGGUCUUUCUUGUAAGUCUGCUUUGCUGUUUCACUGAACAUCAGGAACAUUGCUGAGCACUGUCUGUCCGCCCAUCGUGUCUGACAUGGACGUCUCCUUGAACUAAACGGAACAACUGGAUAUAAUUUGGACUGAUUGAGGACGAAAACGGACAAAAAAAAAAAAAAAAACAAUCUCAGAAAACUAGGACAAGAUUGGUCCUAUAUAUCUGCUCAAGCUUUGGAGAAACAGGAAAAAUAUGAACAGGAUGACAUUACAUUGGACAAGAAUCUCUUACUUGAGGAAAUUUGGGAAUACAAUCGUAACUGAAGAAGAGGAUAUAUGUCCUAGCAUUAAGUGAGGAAAAAGGUGAGGAAAAUCAUGGGAACAAAUUGGAACGUGUCCAAAAAUAUUAACAACCAGUCUGUGAUUCUUUUUAACAGUAUGUGUCAUAAAAACUCAGUUUUUGACCACAUUCCUUAAAGACGUUCUGAGGUGUGUCUUAUUCUGUGCAUCAUAACAAGCUGUGACUUUUAAGCUUCACUGUUUUCCAACUCGAUGUCUCAGACGGACAGUCAGGCUUUACUACAGUCUAUGUUGGAGAGACUGAGACUCCAGCCUGAAAGGGAGAGGAACGCAUACGAACAUACAGGUGAAGCACUCACCCUUGCCCCCAUAUGGGGCUCAGAUGGAGUGGGAUCACUCCCUAAUCAAGAAAUUGAAACGGAUGUUCUUACAAAUGGCUAUGCAAUUGAUGGCCCUGCAAAAACAUUCGGAGUACCUUCUUCAGUGGAUCGCAGUUUCAGCCCUAAAGAUGUUGAGAGACUUCAGCCAGUUCAUGACUUUCAACAGUACAGAGGUCACUUUUUCUUUCCACCUGCAAAAGACAACAGCCACAUGACUGUAAAUCUAGCAUCGGAGAAUGCCACAACAGGGCAAGACCUCUCAGGAAAAUCUCUCCACUACUCAAGGGGAACUGGUACUGGAUCACAAAAGGACAAAAUAUCAGAAUAUAAAGAAUCGGAUCAUGGUUUUAAACACAAUGUUCAUAACUGGUCAUGGGGUAGCCCAGAUUUCACAACAAACAAUGAAGGGAAUCAUUCCUUUCACGUGGGGAAUGGAGGAUUUGAAAAUUUGUCUAAAUGGAAAGGCAUGCAAAUGAUCCCUGAAAAAAUGACCAAGAGGAAACAACGAUUUUCUGAAAACAAAGCAAAGCGAUGGACUCAGAAACUCAAGGAAAGAUGGAUAGAAAGGUCUAGCAAAAAAGGAAAAGAUGGGUCCAAGGAGGAUUGGAUGAACAAGAUUUCAGCAAAAAACCAUCUUAUCAACACAUUACAUCAAGACGCAGAAGGGACCGCCCCAUCGCAAGACAGCAUUGAAAACCCUACUACACAAUUAGAGGACGACACGAUUGACGCAUUCAUGAGAUCAGGUGAUAACUUUCAAAUAAAUUUCAGUUCCGCGAGCUUGCUGGACGAGAUUAUCUCAGGUCAAGAGUGGGCCAAGUUCCUUAACUCUGCAUCAACUAACCAGAGAACACCAGAGAAGACGUUGAGCAGCCUGAGCAUCACACCAAAACCAACUCUUAAUGGGCCGUCCACUUUGUCAACACACCACACAGGAGGUUUGAACAGGCAGUGGAGCUUCAGAGGUUGCGAGUCAUUGCCAGUAUAUAACUUUCAUGGCAGCGUGAAUAUUCCGUCUACAGUGAACAGCAUAGUACACAGUCAGGCUGAUCAGUUAGAGCCAAUGGAAGAAGGUCAAAGCCAUUCCCAUGUGCAAUUGAAGGAGAGUGGACUUUCGCAAUCAAGAACUUCCUAUGUCGAGCGUGCAGACAUUCUGGAUGAUUCACCACCAACCAGCAAAGUCAACAGGAAGAGACAACAUCACUUGGCCGAAAUGUCUCAAAUGAGUUGGACACAAAAUGGACAAGGACAACCAGAAGAGUCACCAGAGAAUCAUGUGGUUGACGACGCAGAAGAGAACAACCCACCCUUCAUCAGGCCUCAACCCACCAAUGUUUCUCCUUGUGCUCCAACUCUCCGGGGUGUCCUCCGACACUCCACGUUCCAAAAUUCAGAUUCCUCACGAGAAAGCAAAAGGAGACGAUUGGAGCCCAACCGGCGGGUUCAUUUUGCAGAGACAGUUCAUGAGAUACCGCCAAUUGAAGUGGAGCUGGAUACUUUGGACUCAGAUGACGAAUAUGGGACAGAGCUCAGCUCUGGAUCAGAUGAGGAAGAGAAGGAACGUAUGGCAGUAGAGGAAGAGAAGGCAGUGCCAGGGCGCCGGCCUGUUCUUCCUGCCUGGAUACGGGCUCUGAAGAGGAAGAACACUGUGAGGAAGCACUUAUAGUAUUUGUGCAGUGAAAUCUGUGUUUUAAAUACAUAUUUUCACAAUGCAUGUACAAGCUUUAUAAGAUCAAAUAUAUAGUAAUACUUGCAUCAAAAUUGUGCCUUGAAAAAGGUGAUAGGUCCACAUAUUGAUAGAUACUUUUUGGCCUCGUCAUAAUCUCAAGAUAAAGUGACAUGAAAACGUAUCUGAACCUUUUGGAAUUUCUCACAUUUUUGCAUAAAAUCACCAUCAAAAUUGAUCUGAUCUGUCAAAUUGACAGAUGAAAAAAGUGUCUUCUUUAUCUAAAACCACCCAAACAUUUAUAGGUUUAUAUAUAUUUUAAUGGAGAUAUUAUGCAAACAAUAACAGAAGGGGGGAAAAAUAAGUACGUGAACCAUCACAUUUAAUAUUUUGUGGCCCGCCCUUUGGCAGCAAUAAUUUCAACCAGAUGCUUCCUGUAGCUGCAGAUCAGCUGGCACAUCAAGACUAAUCUUGGCUGAUUGUUCUCAUGGUUGAGUCAGAUUCCUGGGAUGCCUGGCAUGAAUCACUGUCUUUAGGUCAUGCCACCGAAUCUCAAUGGGGUUCAAGUCUGGACUUUGACUUGGCCACUCCAGAACGUGUAUUUUAUUCUUCUAAAACCAUUCUGAAGUUGAUUUACUUCCAUAUUUUGGAAGAUUGUCUUGUUGCAGCAUCCAUCUUCUUUUUAGCUUCAACUGUCUGACAGACGGCCUCAGGUUUUCCUGCAAAACAUCCUGAUAAACUUUUGAAUUUAUUCUUCCAUUAAUGACUGCGAGUUGUCCAGGCCCUGAGGCAGCAAAACAGGCCCAAAUCAUGAUUUUCCCCUCCACCAUUCUUCAUGGUGGGGAUGAGGUGUUGAUGUUGGUGAGCUGUUCCAUUUUUCAUCCACACAUGGCGUUGUGUGUUACUCCUAAACAAUUCAUCUUUGGUUUCAUCAGUCCACAAAAUAUUUUGCCAAAACCUCUGUGGAGUGUCCAAGUGCCUUUUAGUGAACAUUAAACAAGCAACAAUGUUUUUUUUAUUUUUUUAUUUUUUAUUAGACAGCAGUGGCUUCCUCCUCCAGAUAUUGGACUGUGUCAGUGAUAUCUGUAAGUCUUUUGCAGACACUCUAGGGUUCUUUUUUUUACCCAUAUGAGUAUUCUGCGCGGAAUUCUUGGCAUCAUCUUUGGUGGACGGCCACUCCUUGGGAGAGAAGCGACAGUGCCAAACUCUGUCCAUUUGUAGACAUCUUUUCUGACUGUCGAUCGAUGAACAUCCAGACUUUUAGAGAUAGUUUUUUAGCCUUUCCAAGCUUUAUACAAAUCAACAAUCCUUGAUCGCAGGUCUUCAGACAACUCUUUUGACCGAGCCAUGAUGCACAUCAGACAAUGCUUCCCAUCAAGACAAUAUUUACCAGGUGUGUGUUUUAUAGUGGGCAGGAUAGCUUUAAGCCACUCAUCAGUGAUUGGGCACACACCUGACUUAAAUUGUUUGUUAAAAAUAGGUUUCAAUUGCUCUUAAAGUCUCCUCAGGCAGAAGGUUCACUUACUUAUUUACCCCCCCCCCCCUUUAUUGAUUACAUGCUAUCCUCAUUAAAAUAUGAAAACCUAUAAAUGUUUGGGUGGUUUUAGUUAAAUCACUGUUUUUACAUCUGUGUGAUUUUGACAAAGAUCAGAUCACAUUUGAUGGUAAUUUUAUGCAGAAAUGUGAGAAAUUCCAAAAGGUUCAUAUACUUUUUCAUACAACUGUAUUUACAUUUUCCGUUUUAAUCGAUGCCUUCAGUAUUACCUAAAAAUAUUUGUAUUAUAGUGGUUGUUGUUUGCAGUGGUGUUGAACUAAACAAAAGGGGGGAAAUUGAAUAAACACCUCUCAAAGUAUUGUGCUGUUUCUCAUCAGAUUGUAUGGCUUAACCUAAUGAAGCAGCAAGUAAAUUCAUGUAUUUGAGUUGUUUCACAACUCUGUAAGCACUAUUACUGGCAUUAAUUGUAUUAUAUAGGGUGCCAUCACUUUUAACAAAAACAAACAUAUUGUAUUAAAAAAACAACAACCUGGCAGCGCAGCAACAUUUGGCUUUCUCUUUAUUACUGUGACCAACACUAAAAUCACAAACCCUCAAAAUUCUACACUGACUUCUUAUUCCGCUUCAACUCAUUAUUUGCCACUGAAUCAGUGUUUAUCUUGGAUGAGAAUUUACUGUUCUUUCAGAGCAGAAGUUCAAGCCCUGUAAGCUUUCAAAGUAUCAGCUCAUCAUGGGAGCGGCAGCCCAUGUUAUGAGGUGUUAAAGGUGUUUGAUGAUAGAGAUAAUUAAAGUAUUGUUUAUUAUGAUUAUGUGUUCUUUAUUAAAACAAUUUUAAUCCAGAUUUUUAAAUUACUCUGAACCCUCAGAACUUUGCAGCAAAAUGAAUUCUUAAUAUGUCCAACUAGUGACUUGCGGAUACUUAACCGGGUGAAAAAAUGAUGACCUGCUCACUAGCACGCCCGCCUCGUAAUCAAUAGAUUUUGGUUUUGAAUCACAGGUCUGGCUUCUUGCGACAUUUGCGUGUCCUUCCCAUGCGCUGUUGCUUUUCACUUGGUACGCGGGCCUCCUCCCACAUUUCAAAAACAUCCACACCAAAGAAACUCCAAUAGAUUCUUUUAUGCAUGUGCCUUGGCAACCAUUCCAGGGUGUACCCAAGCAUACAGGGUGUGACGCGGGCAAUCACAGAAUGACUCUACACAACGUUUCAAAAUAAAAUAUGAUGCAAAUUCCUGUCUGCCGGCUCCAAAAUAGAUUGUAAAAUAAAGUUCAACAAAUAAUGAGUCUUUUACAAAGUAUAUGCUUAUUUUGUGCAACAAAAACAGCUAGCUGUUCUUUCAUCCAGCAUGUGAUGCUGGCACCUAUAGUCGGCCUAACCCUUUUCCUGCUCUUUUUAUAGGUUAAUAAUGACGACAUCAGUGCAUUUUAGGUAAAAAUAAUUUCUUAUUAAAUGUGCAUUUAUUCACAGUCUCAGAUUUAGACUGAUAUUUUGAGCCACACCUCAUGACACAAAGAAUAACACCAGGCCCUUUUAAUAGCUACUUUU